AUGGCGGACGAAGUCACCGACAGUCCGGUCUCCACUCCGGUGGAGACUGAGAAGAAGCCUGAUAUGCUGGUUCAAGAGACAGACAUCCUUGAUGCCGAGGUUGCUCCGGGCUUUGUGGCCGAGGCAGACUUUGAUGGUCAUUUUAAGGAUGUCCCCAUUGGAGAGGGUAUCGUCCCUGGCGAUAGGGACGAGUUUAUCGAUCCUCGUCUCAAGGACUAUCCCAUUCCCUUGGUGGCGAAGACAGUCGAUCUUCACAAUGACCCAACCGAGCCGAUUCUAACCUUUCGAUUCUGGACCUUGUCUACGUUCUGGGUCCUUGUCGGCUGCGCACUUUCCACCUUUUAUUACUUCAAGCCAUACUAUAACACCAUCACUAGUUAUGCCGUCCAGUUGUUAUCAUGGGGCAUGGGCGACGCUAUGGCUAGGUAUCUACCCAAGAGGGAAUUCAACUUCUUCGGAUGGAAAUGGUCCAUGAACCCAGGACCCUGGAAUGCCAAGGAGCAUGCACUCAUUGUGGUAGCAUACUGGGGUAGUUGCUACACGGCCUAUGGAAUGGGUCCCUUGUCCGCCAUCGAACUGUACUAUGGCGAGAAGCUCAACGCUGGGUGGUCCAUGUUCUUCCUGUUGGCCUCUCAGAUGAUCGGAUAUGGCUUUGCGGGGUUGUUCCGUGACAUUCUGGUUCGACCACCCCAGAUGUAUUAUCCCGGGGUGUUGCCCAACGUGUCACUGUUCAACGCCAUGCACAAGAACCCCUCGGUGACCAAGAAAGCCCUCAAGUACUUUGCCAUUGUGGCUUCUGUCACCUUUGUGUACGAAUGGCUCCCAGAGCUCAUCUUUCCCUUGCUGAGCUCUCUCCCUCUCAUUUGUUGGUUUGGCCAUGGCAACUGGAAGGCGUUUAUCCUCGGAUCGGGUACCUACGGAUUUGGCAUUUUGGAUCUAUCACUUGAUUGGAACUACAUCACCUUCAUGUCCCCAUACUAUACCCCGCUUUGGUCUAGUCUCAACCAGGGUAUCUUUGCCAUGUUCUGUUGUUGGGUACUCUAUCCGCUCAUCUACUUUACCAACACGAUGAACGCCCAAACUUUUGCCCCCAUGGAUACCGGGACAUACACCGCCAAUGGCAGCACCUAUGAUGUGUCUGCUAUUGUUGGGUCGAAUAUGGAGCUCAACCGUACUGCGCUGGCGGAGUACGGGGCUCCUUACUGGGCCCCUUCCUAUGUGUUUUACUGGUUCUGGACCUUUGCCGCCUUGACAGCUUCCAUGGCUUAUGCCAUCCUGUGGUACGGCAAGUCGGGCUGGAGGGAUCUCAAAGCUGCUUGGCAGAACAAGCGCAGUGACUACAAUGAUCCCUACCUCCAGAUGAUGUCUUUCCAGAAACGGGUGCCUCACUGGUGGUAUCUCACGCUGCUGGUGAUUUGUGCCGUGAUUGCGAUCGCCCAGGGCUACGAGGGGAACAUGAAGCUGUCCUGGUGGGGAUUUAUCGUGAUCUGUCUCUUCUCCUUUGUCUUCACCUGGCCCAAUGGUAUCCUCUGGGCGGUGGCCAACAUUCAGGUCGGUAUGGGCUCGUUCAGUGAUCUACUGGCGGGAGCCAUGUUCCCGGGCAAGCCCACUGCUGUGCUGUCGGCGUAUACGUACGGCUACUGUGUACUGGAGCAGAAUCUCAACCUCAUCUCCGACUACAAAUUUGGAUUCUACAUGAAGAUUCCCGAGCGCGAGAUGUUCUGGGGCCAGGUUUGGGGGACCCUGCUCGGUCCUUUUAUCAACUACGGCUUCAUGCAACUCAUCAUUGAUCGGGAGCGGCCUUAUUUGAUUGGACAGCGGAGCUCCGAAGCAUGGGAUGCGGUCCAGACGCGCGUCUACUACUCCAACUCCAUCAUCUGGGGCAUCCUGGGUCCGAAGGAAUUCUUCGUUGACCGCUAUCCCUGGGUGUACUACUCGUUCGUGGUGGGUGCUGGCACCGUCAUUGUCACCUGGUUGGUGCAAAAGUGGAAGCCCAAGUGGGACCUGGAGCGCUGGUUCAACCCGACCCUGCUGUUCUAUGGAGGCUACUUGUUUCCGUACUACCCGACCACGAACUUUUUCAUGUCGUUCCUGGCGUGCAUCUUGUUCAUGGGGAUUCUGCCUCGGUACUUUCCCGUGUGGUGGAGAAAGUACAACUAUUUGACUGGAGUUGGUCUGGAUUGCGGCACGCAGCUGAUGACUUUGGUCUGCAUCUUCGUGGUCAACCUUCCGAACCUGUCGUUCCCCUCCUGGUGGGGCAAUGAUUCCAAUGCCACCGAUCGGUGCUUUCCGCCCGCCGACCUGCCCGCGAAUGCACUGAACUGA